GCAAUGGGAAGUCCUCUUUCUCCAAUAUUGGCUGACAUCGUUAUGGAGAAUCUGUUGACGAGAGCAUUACGAACUGCUAACAUUCUUCCGCAGUUUAUACGUAAAUAUGUGGACGAUUUGUUCCUUGUGCUUCAUAAAGACCAAGUGAACGCAGUGUUAGAUGUUUUCAACACAAUGAACCCAAGGAUUGUGUUUACAUCCGAGGUUGAGGUUAACUGUCAACUACCAUUCCUAGAUUUGUUGGUAAUUAGGCUACCAGAUGGCACCAUCAAAACGGACUGGUAUACCAAGCCUAUCGCAUCCGGUAGAAUUCUUAACUUUUUCUCGUUCCACUCCAUGGAUCAAAAACUUUCGGUGGCCAGGAAUUUUAUCGACCGGGUCCGUAGCUUGAGCACCACUCGCAGUUCGGAACAACAAGAACAGCUGAUUCAUACACACCUCAGAAAGAAUGAUUACCCCUCAGCUCUCAUCAAUCGUCUAUUGCGUCAGACACAGCGUAUAGACACACCGGAUAAACCAACCAUCUAUCGAUCGAUCCCAUACAUCCAAGGCCUGACACCAUCCCUAAAACGAAUAAUACACAGCAGUGGACUCGCUGUUGGGAUUUCACACAGCAACAACAACACAGUGGGGAAGCUGUAUCGUAAUGCUAAAGAUCCGGUACCGGACAUGAGCAAAAGCAACGUAAUAUACAGGAUCGACUGUCAAAACUGCCCCGGCAAAUACAUUGGAAUGACGGCGAAUAAACUCCGCAAUCGCAUGUAUGGACACCAAACCCAUGUCAACACACUGGAACAGCAUCUAGCGCAAGGGCAGCAAUAUACCGAUCUUCCAGUACAACAACUACGGGAAAAAUCAGCAUUGAUCAACCAUUGCAUCACCCACCAACACCGGUUCAACAUUAGCAAUCCCACUAUCGUCGAUAUAACGUACAAGAAGCAAGCUCUGCAAGUGUUGGAAAUGUGCCAGAUCGCGACUACAUCCAACACGGUCAACCAUCGGACAGAUACCGAUAAUCUAAGCUGUGCGUACGCACAUUUACUCUCCUCUAUCAAAACCCGAAGAGAGGAGGAGAGUCGUGCGUCGUCUACAAAUAGUUAUAAUCGACCCGACUCCAACGACUACCCAUCCCAACUAACACAGACAGACACAACCACCCAAACACCACACACUGUACAAAUCCCUCAGUAAUGUUCGAUCAGCUGUUAGCUCUGGCAGUGUUGGCAAGUGUCGUGGAUCCUCCUGGUGUAGACCUCCCAUUUUGUACCACCCACCCACUACCUUCGAGGGUGCUGGCAGUAAAGUAUGUACCCUUAUAUCCCGUGUUCCCAAAACUACUUCUCUAACGGCUUUAAAUCCACAGUGAGACUUGUGCAGUGCAAAUUCAAAAACGAGACAAUCAACCGUGAGAUGUACACGGGAUUAGACAAAAUUGAUUAAUUUCGAGCCCUGAAGAAGAUCCCAACAUCUGGAUCGAAACGUUGGCGAUGAGAUAAGAAAAUCAACGCUUUUCUUUGACUGAAAGCCGAAAUCCCCGAGAAAUAAGUCAACUUCCCAGUCGAACCUCUACAAGUAUUUGCAAUGGCGACAAAUGCACGCACAUCUUUCUACACCGAAGUCCGCGAACGAUACGGCGCACCGACCGUUCAGCUCCUGAAGCUUUACGCCAAUAACAACACGAAACUGGGCAACAUGCAAAGUCGGAAAGAGUUCCUGCUGAAAUGCCGGCGGAACGGAGUUGUACCCUCACACAUUCUCCACUCUCUCCGUUGCACAAACGAGCUUCUUGCAUCGAGCAGUCCCUGCAUCAGGAAGCUAUCUUCGACAGUGUCCCGAUUCCAGAAGUCACUGCUAAACAUUGAGAUUCAGGAUACCUGUCAUCGUGUGCGAUCACUAAACCAAGAGCUGGAUGCACUGCGAGAGCAAAUAGUGAGCAACACCGAUCGAGACACAUACGCACACUACUUCCUAACACAAGAGUUUGCAUACCACGACAACCUCCGUCGAAAAU